GCUAAAACUUGUGUCAGAGUCAGAGGUGUGUCAGGUGUUCGGUGACACCGAUUCUUACCCUAGUUCGAUCGGAAUAAUUUACAAGUAAAUUAACUUAUACAAAAUGCCGAAUAUUGUAAAUGAAAUUAAGUUGGACUUUAAAGAUGUGAUGCUAAGACCUAAAAGAAGUACCUUGAAAAGUAGAGCUGAUGUCAACCUCUACAGAGAAAUUACCUUCCGAAACUCAAAACAGACUUACAAGGGAAUUCCAUUAAUUGCAUCAAAUAUGGAUACAGUUGGAACUUUUGAAAUGGCUAAAGCUUUGGCAAAGCAUGGACUGUUUACGACUAUGCACAAAUAUUACUCAGUAGAAGAUUGGAAAGAUUUUGCGGAAAAGAAUCCUGAAGUCUUGCCUCACAUAGCUGCUUCAUCAGGCACAAGUGAGGCUGACUACGAGCGGCUCACACAAAUUCUGGAGGCAGUGCCCGGAAUACGCUUUGUUUGUCUCGAUGUAGCCAACGGUUACUCUCAGCAUUUUGUAGAAUAUCUGCGGAGAGUGCGAGCAGCCUUUCCUACACAUACAAUCAUGGCUGGCAACGUGGUGACGGGUGAGAUGGUAGAAGAGUUGAUACUGUCUGGCGCAGACAUCAUCAAGGUGGGCAUCGGCCCCGGCUCCGUCUGCACCACUCGGAUGAAGACCGGCGUAGGCUACCCACAACUGAGUGCAGUACUAGAAUGUGCAGACGCCGCACAUGGGCUGCAGGGACAUAUAAUCUCCGACGGAGGUUGUACUUGUCCGGGAGAUGUAGCCAAGGCGUUCGGCGCAGGUGCCGACUUUGUGAUGUUGGGAGGGAUGUUGGCCGGACACGACCAGAGUGGAGGAGAGAUUAAACACAAACCUGACGGCACUAAGGUCAAGCUGUUCUACGGCAUGAGCUCCGAUACAGCCAUGAAGAAACACGCUGGCGGAGUCGCAGAGUACAGGUCCUCGGAGGGCAAGACUGUGGAGGUGCCUUACAGAGGUGAUGUAGAGGUUACUGUGCUAGAUAUCCUGGGAGGUCUAAGGUCCGCUUGUACCUACACUGGGGCCGCCAAGCUGAAGGAGUUGCCCCGCCGAGCUACGUUCAUCCGAUGCACUCAACAGCUCAACCCCGUCUACGCUAAUCUGUCCGCCAGAUAAAUCAGCUGUCUCAGCAUUCAUCUUUCCCGCUGAAGUAGCUCAAAUUUUGGCUCAUUUAGAUUAUUUUAAAUUAUUUCAUAGACUUUAGAUCUUGGUUGUCCUUGGCCAUAGCUUCGCCUGAGGUGCUUAUAAAGAGCUUGCAUUUAUAUCGAGUCAGUGCCUAUAAGUCGGUAAAUGUAGCCACAAUGGCUUUCAUGUUGACGUUAUUUGUUUAAGCAUAUUUAUGAUAUAAAAUAUUCCUGCUUAUGAGUUUUUAAAUAUUGUUCUCUAGCAUUAUAUUUUGAGAAUUUGAUCAAAUUUUGUCAAAUUUUAUGUUGAAAAACAAUAUCUACAUGAACCAUUUUACAAUUUACUAUGUGAAAUACUGUGAUACUGUAAGAUGGUAAGAUUUUAAACCAUAUGACCAAAGAAACAAAAAAACCAGUAUAUAAAGACAUUUUUAUUUUAUCUGACCUGUACAACACAAACACAAAUCGCACAAAGUGUUAGUAAUGAGUUGGACAGAGUACAGUUUUAUCAUUAAAUUUACACCAUCUUCUAACUAAUCCAUUUCUUACAAAGCGUAAAGAAAAACUGUUUUUAUCAUAGAAGAAGUACAAAUAGACCACACAACCAUUCAAAACCCUGGCUUUAAGCCCUUUCCUUGAACAAAACUAUUUUUUCAUUACUUUUAAAAGUAAUAUAAUUGAACAAAUUUUAAUUUUUAUACGUUGUAAAUAUUACAGGUAAUGUGGAUAUUGAUGUAAGAUCAAAUGCGGUGAAUUGAAAUGAACCCUCUGAACUCAAGAGGUCAAUAUCCUUGGAACCAAAAUAUCAUUUAAAAAAACUUACUACUUAAAACUUUAAAAAAAUACUGAAACAACCUAAAACUAUGCCUAGUAUGUACUACAACCUGAUAGUGAAAUUUAGUUCAGAGAUUCGGGUUUACCGAUGUUAGACUCAAAGUUGACAAUUAUACCAAUUUUUAAGGGUAGAAUUACAUUACCCAUGUGGUUUAUUACUUUAUUAGUUUAUUUAUCAUGCCUCUGGAAAUUAUAUUGUAAAUGUUUUUUAUUCUCUUCUUCCAUUAUUUGACUGUAGUAUGUUGCACAAAAUAUACUAAAUGAAAAUAACUAUUUCCCUAUUGGACAAUUUGCUAAGAGACUGAAAUAUUUUCUAUGUACUUCAUAAAAUGAAGAAAAAUUACCAUUACAAUAUAAAAUGAUUUAAUAUUAAGAAAAUUUUGAGGGUACUUUAUUUAUUUGCUUACAUAUGAAUUGAAUUUUGGCACCAUGAGUGUCAGUCUAAUACUUAAUUUAUUUUUUUCACAACUAUCUGUCGUAUCUAGUCAACAUUUCCAAAGGAAUUUUUUGUGAAAAUUUUUCAAUCUUCUAUUACCUAUCUCUAGUCAAUUUUGUAUAGAAAUUAUUCAUUGUGAAACUUAUUUUGAUCUUUUUUCUAUAAUUUAUUUUAUUCCAUUGUGGAAUUCUUUGUAAAAGAUAUACUUUGCAUCAAUUAUUUUGAAUAUUUUGAUAUAUCUUACUUAAACAUAUCUUUUCCCUUCACUUGGGAUUUUAUGACCAAACCACACAUCUCAAUAUGUAUCUGCAUCACGUAAAAUUUCAUAUUCAAGAGAAAAUAUAACUUUUUUACCCUACCUGUUGCAGCAAACCUAAGUACUCAUUAAACUAAUUCUGUUUAAAUAGGGAAUAAAUGUGAUAUUUUUAAGGAGACAAUUUAGUUUAAAUCUAAUCAGGCAGAUGGAAAUUCGCUAAGUCUGCAGGUUUGCUGCAGCGGGGGUAUUUUCACAACUAUCUGUCGUAUCUAGUCAACAUUUCCAAAGGAAUUCGUCGGGCAAAUUUUUCAAUCUUCUAUUACCUAUCUCUAGUCAAUUUUGUAUAGAAAUUAUUCAUUGUGAAACUUAUUUUGAUCUUUUUUCUAUAAUUUAUUCCAUUGUGGAAUUCUUUGUAAAAGAUGUAUUUUGUAUCAAUUAUUUUGAAUAUUUUGAUAUAUCUUUCUUAAACAUAUCUUUUUCCUUCACUUAUGAUUUUAUGACCAAACCACACAUCUCAAUAUGUAUCUGCAUCACGUAAAAUUUCAUAUUCAAGAGAAAAUAUCUUUUGGCUUGACCUCAUAAGGCAUGCCUCUGUCCUUUAAAUUUAUAAAAAAAGUCAGACCUCUUUUGGAUUUAUUUAUUCCACAGUCUUGAGUUGCAUGAAAAUAUUCUGCUACAUUUUUAGUUAUAAAAUCUGCACUUAAUGCCUUGUAGGCGUAAUAUUUUAGAACAUUAUCUAAAAUAGCAAAUAGUUAAAAUCUUGGAAAAUCUAGUGAUAGACUAAAGCCAUCCUUAUCAUUAUAAUUAGGAAAUCUUAUCGCAAUUUGAAUUAUAAAUAAUUAGUUACUUAAUAUUGUAGGUUUGAGCUUGUUGAAGUGGUUUAUCCACCUUAAGUAAAAUCUCACAAUUUUUAGGUUAUAAUUUUAAACUUUGGACUGCUAAAUAUGGAAAUUGAAAAAGGAUUGACGAUACAUUGUAUGUUAAAAGUUAUCUCUUAUGUAUUAUGUUAUGUUUUGGGAUCUAUUAUGUUGUUAUGGUAUAUUACUUGUUGUCUAUUUAUUGUACUGGCUGGUUCAGUAUGUAUUAAACUAUGUCUCACUGU